AUGCUUGUUUCGUCUUUUUUCUUGGCCCUAGGCGCAAGCGCCAUCGCGCACGCACAUGGUAUCCGGGUCGAACGCUCAGAAAACCGCCUCAUUAAGGGACCCGCUUCCCCAGAUGGCGCUUCUUCGUCCUCUAUGGAGCCAGUGUGGCAUGCGAAACAACAAGGCGGUGGACUGAUGAAGUUGGACUUUCAUCGAUUGAUCCAACGUCGAGACACCAGUUCGGCGGACACCGGGACCUCAGCAGACGCUACGAGCACGGCAACCAAAGAUUCCUCAGUGGUAGAAACCACUGAAAAUGAAGCUACGACGACAGCUGAGGCUGGAAGUACCACGCUUGAAACAACCGAUUCUGCGACGGAGGCAUCCACUACAGAAGAAAGCUCCGUGUCAUCAACAACCGCAACCUCAACGUCUACCUCAAGUAUAGCAUCAUCGACAAGCACGACCUCAACUUCCACAGAACCCGGCGCCUCCUGCUACAGCACGACAGUCAAGAGCAGCACCAUCUGUGAAACAACAGGGUUCACCACAUUGACGUGUUAUGCUGCGAAUAUAACCUCGAGCACAUGUUCUCCAGGACUUCUAUGCACGACCCAGUCAAGCAACGGAGUUACGGUCUGCAUGGAACUCCAGAAUGAAUCCCUUCCUCUGCGAAAAGAUGGUCCUCCUGGAAACGCCUGGGGCCUUUUCGGCGACAAUGACGAAUGCGGGAUGCUAAACCUCUUGACCCCAGAAAUCAUAGUAAAAGCAGCAUCAGAGAUACGUGACGGCGUUCGGGUUUCUACCGAUUGGCCCCUCAAUCGAAUGUCCCGACCUUGCUUUGGACGUGCACCUUUCAAGCAUGAGAUUACUACCAAAACCCCUCGUGCUGUGAAUGAUGAUACUUUGACAUUUAACACGCAGAGUAGUUCGCAGUGGGACGGGUUUAGACAUUAUGCUUAUCAGAAGGAGAAGCUUUGGUUCAAUGGGAAGAGCCUUGAUGAGCUUUUAUCAUCGGAUGUCAACGGCAUUCAGGCUUGGGUUGACCGAGGUGGUAUUGUCGGACGCGGAGUACUACUCGACUAUGCAUCUUGGGCAGAUAUGAACAACAUCACCUUGACUCCCUUCGAAACCAAGUCAAUUACUGUAUCAACACUAAAAGAAGUUGCCGAAAGCCAAGGAACCACAUUCCAACAAGGCGACAUUCUCUUCAUCCGCACAGGAUGGGUCCGAGCCUAUGACAAGCUCUCCGACGAUGAGUGCAAAACAUUGGCAGAUUACAAAGUCCCCCCAGCACAUGGUAUCGAGUCUUCAGAAGAUACACUCCGAUGGCUUUGGGAGCAAGACUUUGCUGCAGUUGCUGGUGACCAACCUAGUAUGGAGGCAUGGCCGUGUCAGAACACAGAUUACUUUCUGCAUGAGUGGCUGUUGGCGGGUUGGGGAAUGCCAAUUGGGGAGUUGUUCGACCUGGAGGCUCUUAGUAAAGAGUGUGAGAAGCGAGGGAGAUGGUCGUUCUUCUUUUCGAGUGUGCCACUCAAGGUUCCCGGAGGCGUGGCUAGUCCACCAAAUGGUGUCGCUAUCUUCUGA